AUGUCAGAGACUAGUGAUUUAUGUCUGGAGCUGUCCCAAGAUGAUCCUUUUUAUCAAGAGAAAAAGAAGCUCUUGCAUUGCAAAGGUCUAGGAGUAAAAGAAACAGUGAAUAUAAGUGGAUCAUUGUGUCAACAAUCAAUGAAUGUUGCAUUGGAAAAAUUGCUUCAGUUUGGAAGAAUAGCUAACCUCGACAAGGUGGAAGUUUAUUUUGGAGAAGAUGCUUGCACUUCUCCGGCAGGAAUGUACAGCUUCAGAAACGAAAUCUCAGCUCUCAGCUGGAUCCUUUCUCUUAUCCCGGUUUCGUGUAAAUCGGAAGCUCUGCGAGCAGCUGUAAUCAGUAGAAUCAGUGAGGUUGCUGGAGGGGAAAAGGAGGAAGCUAGAGUUGAUGAAAAAGAAAGCAGAAUUGUACAGUGGGGUCAGGACAAUGGCGUCAAAACCAAACUGCAAAUUGCUCAGAUCGAUGGCUAUGGACGUGGAGCUAUAGCUGACCAAGACCUCAAAUUUGGCGAUGUUGCUUUAGAGAUACCAAUCUCAUGCAUCAUUUCUGAGGACUAUGUGUUCAACUCCGACAUGUACCCAAUACUGGAGAAGAUUGAUGGGAUGACAUGUGAGACAAUGCUGCUGUUAUGGACAAUGAGGGAGAAGCAUAACCGGCACUCCAAGUUUAAACCAUACUUUGACUCUCUACAGGAGAAGUUUUGUACAGGUUUGAGUUUUGGGGUCGAUGCGAUCAUGGCGCUUGAUGGUACAUUACUCCUAGAUGAGAUCAUGCAAGCUAAAGAGCUUUUGCGUGAGAGGUAUGACGAACUGUUUCCUCUUUUAUCGAACGAAGGGCAUGUGUUUCCAGUGGAGCUCUAUACAUGGGAACAUUACUUAUGGGCCUGUGAGUUGUUUUACUCAAACAGCAUGCAAAUCAAGUUCCCUGAUGGAAAGCUCAAGACUUGCUUGGUUCCUGUCGCCGGUUUUCUCAACCACUCGAUAAAGCCGCACAUAGUGAAGUAUGGCAAAGUAGACGCCGGGACGAGUUCCUUGAAGUUCCCACUCUCAAGGCCUUGCAACAAAGGAGAACAAUGUUUUCUUAACUACGGAAACUACUCUUCUUCGCAUCUCUUAACGUUCUACGGGUUUCUACCGAAAGGGGAUAACCCGUAUGAUGUCAUUCCCUUAGAUGUUGAUGUCAUUGAUGAUGAAGAGUGUUCUUGGACAAGUCACAUGUUACGCGGGACUUGGCUCUCGAGCAACCACAACAUCUUCCACUACGGCCUGCCUACUCCGUUGUUGAACUACUUGCGGAGAGCUCAUGGUCUUGUUCAUCAUUCCGAAACAGAUCUAUGGAAGAACUUGGAAGUUGAGAUGGGAGUGCUCGAGAAUCUAAGAUCGACGUUCGAGGACAUGAUGCACAAUCUUGGGGAUGAUGCGGAGUCUAUCGACACGGAUUGGGAUGUUAAAAUGGCGAUGGAGUUCAAAGAGCGACAUAGAAAGAUCGUCUCUUCCAUUCUUGAUUCAUGCUCUAAAGGUAUCAAACUUGUUCAAGACGCAAUGGUUUAG